AUGGAGAAACGCUUUCAUACGAUAGAGAUGGCUACAUCCAGUACAGCGCCGUCCACCCCUAUUAUUCUCGUACCGACCGACCAGUUAACAUCAAUCAAUGGUGGACCAGCUGUUACUGUGAAAACUUUUUCACAACCAACUAAACAUGGCAGUUUCUCUGAUUUAAUCGAUUCAAAUGUGAAUGCGCUUAGAAAUGAAGUGAAGGCAUUGUUUACGUUCCGUCCGAGAGAAUGGCUCAGUGCAUUUCGGCCGAACCCAAAAUUUCCAUUGUUUGUUCUUGGUGAUAUUGAUGGAUUUGUCGCUCUAUUUAUGAACAAUUUAGCCACACUACUGGCUGUUAUACUUGGUCUCAAACUUGUCUUCGAAGAUGAUAUUAUCUACGGAAAGAUUGUGCCCGGUGUAUCCGUAUCGAUGCUAUGGGGAAACUUAUAUUAUGUUUACAUGGCAAGAAAACUAGCCUAUAAAGAAAAUCGCGGUGAUGUAUGUACAAUGCCAUAUGGAAUAAACACACCAGGCGCAUUUGCAUUUAUAUUCAGUAUUAUACUACCAACGUAUUUUGGAUGCAUCAAUGGUAGUAGUGGUCGUGAUCGUCGAAGCUGUGAAGAAUUAGCGUGGUACGUUGCAUUGGCAAGCAAUUUUACAACGGGUAUUAUUCUUCUAUUAUUGUGUAUCUUUGGAGAAUUUAUUCGACGAAAUACACCGGGUGUAGCACUUCUAUCGUCGAUAUCUGGCAUAGGUUUUACUUAUUUAGCUUUAAAUGAAUAUUUGCCUGUAGCUGCAUCACCUAUUGUAUCAUUUCUACCAUUUGCGAUCGUCAUGCUUGGUUAUUUCGCUGGAGUCAAAUUUGGCCCAGUUCCUGUUGCGUUUGUUGCUCUUGUUGUUGGAACUAUUCUCGGAUGGGCAACUUCAUUGAAUCAAGCAAGUGAAGUGAAAAUUGCAUCGUCAGUUAUCAAACCUUAUCCAUUAGUAUUCCCCAUUCAUGCUAUGAUGGCAAAUCUAAAGGAAAUCACUCCUUAUUUAUCAACAACGAUCCCUACAGCUAUUUCAAUUGCUAUUGGAACGAUUCAAUGUGUCGAGUCAGCAAAACGUGCCGGUGAUUUUUAUCCAACACGUGAAGCAAUGUUUGCCGAUGGUAUUGGAACAUUAAUUGCAAGCUUUUUCGGUUCAAUUCUUGGAAUGACCACAUUUAUUGGUCAUCCAGCAUUUAAAAAAAUGGGUGCUAAACAAGCCUAUUCAAUCGCAAACGGUCUUGCCUUCUUACCAUUAUGCUUUUUUGGCAUCAACGCUUUGCUCCUCUCCAUCAUUGCUAUCGUCUCAGUAAAUCCCAUUAUUAUCUUCAUUGGUCUUGUUAUAUGUGCGGAUACUCUUGCUAUAACACCUCAACGACAUUAUCCCGCAUUUCUUCUUGGCCUGAUGCCCAUUGUUGCAGAUUGGGCGAAAGGUACAAUUAUAAGUGGUGUUUCAGAUGCAUAUACAAAAUUUGUUGUCAAUCAUACGGAUUUCAAUCAAAAUAUUACCGCACAUAUCAAUGGAUUUUCCUAUCGUGGCCUUUUGAACUUUUCCGGUGGAAGUCUUCUUCAAUGUAUCUUCUUAACUGCCAUAUUUAUGUACAUGAUCGACAGAAAAUUCAUUCGAGCAGCGAUUUGGUCGAUCUUAGCUUCAAUGUUUGCCUUUUUUGGUCUAAUCAACGCUCCUGGUGUUGGAGUUUUAAUUAAAAAGGACGAUGAUGGGUGGAAAUUCACCGUUGCUUACUUAAUGUUGGCUGUAUUUUUUGGUUGUUUUCAUAUCGCUCAAAAACAACGUUUGGUUAAACAGCCCGAAACUGAACCAGAUGAUUUGUCAUCGAUCGAAUGGGCAGAAUGGAAUCGUGAAAGAUUACUUGAAGAAAAUAACGUCAAUGAAGCAAAUGUAUAA